AUGGCGCGGCCUGCGGAGAUUUUCCCGCCGCUUUUGGACCGUUUGAACGCUCCGCACCCGUCGGUGCAGCGAUUUACUGUAGACGCCAUCUUCGCGCGAUUCAAGGCGCCGAGCACGGCGCCGCAAACCUGCGCGCCCGCGCGCGAGGCGCUGACGGCGUGCCUGACUCAUGCCACGUCAGCCGUGGUGGACCAAUCCGUAACGGCGCUUUGCGGGCUCGUCCAAUCAGGGCACUGCAAGGCGGAUGAAGCGCUGGCGCAUCUGCUGGCGGCGCUGCCAGCAGUGCGGGGGGAGGUGGUGGGAAGUGUGUGCGCGGGGGUGGUCGGGAUGUACGUGGCGUGCGUCAGGGCUGACGUGGCCUGUGCUAAGGGUGACGUGGCGCCUGCAAGUGCCCUCCUCCCCGCCCCCUCCCCGCCCUCCCGCCUCCGCUUCAAGGCCGCCCUCCACACGCGAUUGGUCCACGUGGCUGCCACGUCAGCAGACCUGUUCCAGCCAAUCACGGCGCUGCUGGUGUCGCUGCUUCCAUGGCACAUGCUGUCGUCAGCAGUGAUCCCCCAAAGCAACCAACCACACCAAUCCCACCACAGCCACCAUCCACACUCGCUCCCCUCCCUCGCCACCCGCCUCUCCGCCUGUGCUCUCGCGCUCUCCCUCGAGCUCCAAGCCGCAGGCACCACCACCGCUGCUGGUGCGUCUUCUGCUGCUGCUGCUGCGGCUCCCAGUGCUGCUGCCUCUGCUGCUGCGGGGCUGCCCUCUUGCCUCUUCCUCGUUCAAAAGGCCUCUCUGCUGCGAGCGCGGAUUGACUGUCAGAGAGAGGAGGGAGAGAGUGAAAAGGAGGAUGUGGGGAGAAGAGAAGGGGAAGAUUCCAGCAUGGGUGUGGGACAGCUGGGAGGCGUCGUAGGAAUGAGAAGGAUGGGAAGAGAAAGUUGGGAGUCGGAGGAAGCGGAGCAGCAGAGGGGUGGGGAAGGGGAUGCAGUAGAGGUGGUGGGGUUGCUGCGCCUGCUGCUCUGCGGGCUACCAGCAGACGAAGACCACAUCGCUGUGCUCGCAGUGCUACAGCAGACCCUCUCCAAGCUGAAUCGUGAAGCCGCCUCGUCUGGGCACAAAGGCACACGUGGCAGUGCUUUUGAGUCGACUCAAAUGCAGCAGACCCUUUCCAAGCUGAAUCGUGAAGCUGCUGAAGCCGCUGAAUCGUCUGGGCACAAAGGCACACGUGGUGGUGGCGGUACACAGAGCGCGGCUCCUCUGCUGCUGCAGCCGGCCCUUUCCAAGCUGAAUCGUGAAGCUGCUGAAGCCGGUGAAGCCGCCUCGUCUGGGCUCAAAUGCACUGGCAGUGGCGGCACACAGAGCGCUGUUCCGCUGCUGCUGCUGCCGCUCCUCCACCUACUUUCCUUCCCGUCACCUGCCCUCAAGCAAGCUGCAGCACGGGCUAUCAAUGCCUGCCUCGCUGCUACUGCCACUGCCACUGCCACUGCCACUGCCACUGCCACUGCCACUGCCACUGCCACUGCCACUCAGCCUCUCCUCUCCUCGUCCCUGUCGCCCUCUGCUGGAUCUGCCAGUAGUAAGCAUGCUGCAUCAGACCAGCAGCAGCUGUGGCACAUGCGGCAGCAGCAGCAGCAGUGGAGACACGCAGACCUCUGGCACACACGUCAGUACGCCCACCUCUUCACCUGCCUCACCUCCUCCCAGCCUCAUACAUUUUCCUCUCGCUAUCCAGUCGCAAUCGCCUCGGCCCAACGGCAGCGUGGCACGUGGCACUCGCCGGAAACCUGGGCAAAUGAGCCUGUGCCACGUCAGCAUGACCUCGCUGGGUCCUCCCCAAGCGCAGACGUGGAUGAUGAGCUUGCUGACAUGGCAAAGUCGCUGGCGCUUUCAGACGGGAGAAGCACGCUGGCAGGAGCACCAGGUGGGGUGCAUGGGUGCCACGUGUCAGGCUCUAAUAGGUGGCUUCUGGCGCUACAGCAGCAGCUGAAUCAGAUCCGGAAAGAGACAGUGAGAAAGGCAGGGAGGGAAACAUCAGCAGGCAGCGGCAUGAGUCAAUCUCUGAUCCUCUCACUCGCAGCUCUCCUCCUCCCACUCUCCACCCUCCACCCCUCCCCCUCCCUCCGCUCCUCCUCCCUCCUCUCCCUCUCCCGCCUUGCCUCCUGUGAGCCUAUCUGGGCUCUCUCCCUGCUGCCAGCUGUCCUCUGGAGUUUGAGCCACGUGGCACAAGGAGUGGUGGGCGGGGAGGGAGAGGUGGGGGGAGAGAGAGGGGUGAAGGAAGGCGGGGGGAGGGGAAGCGGUGACGCGGGCGGCAAGUCUUGUCUUCAAGUGCUCUGCGUCCUGCCGAGCCUUGCGAGGCACUGGCUGGCUGCUGGUCCUGUGGUGCAGGUCCUGACAAAGCUUGCCGGCCAGAAGUCCCGCCCUCUCCUCGCGUCUGUGGCUCUGCGGCUGCUGCAGCAAGCCUGGGCCAUCACCGACCACAUCUUCUCUCUCUCUCCCCACCUUUCCCUUUUUCGCUUUCCCCCCUCCAGUCUUCUCGCAUCGGUGGCUCUACGGCUCCUCCAACAGGCCUGGGCCAUCACCGACCGCAUCUUCCCCUCCCUGCAGCCGCUGCUGCUGCCGCCCUCCCUCUCCCUCCCCAAAAGCAUAAGAAUAACCAACACCAGCAGCACAGCUAGCAGUGAUGUGGGGGGAGGAGAGGUGAUGGUGCUGGCAGCAGCAGCGAGCAUACAGGGAGUGUGCCGCCACGACACGGACCGGGCAGUGCGGCUGGUGCUGUCAGUGCAGGCGGCUAUCGAGUCACCAAGCCCUCUUGUUGCUGCCUUGGGUCUCGACGCCCUCGCUGCUCUCUGUGCUGCUGAUGCCGUGGCGCAGGCUGCUAUCGAGUCACCAAACCCUCUCGUUCCUGCCUUGGGUCUUGACGCCCUUGCUGCUCUCUGCACUGCUGAUGCUGUGGUGCAGGCUGCUCUCAAGUCGCCAAGCCCUCUUGUUGCUGCCUUUGGCCUCGACGCGCUUGCUGCUCUCUGUACUGCUGAUGCUGUGGGUAAGUCUUGCAUCUGCGGCAUCCCACUGGCUCUCAGUGCUAUCGAGUCACCUAACCCUCUUGUUGCUGCUUUGGACCUUGGCACGCUUGCUGCUCUCUGUGCUGCCCACGCCAUGGUGGUUUCCCGAUCACACCCCUCCCUGCCCGCGCAUCCAAUCACGGCCGCCCGCUGGUGCCACCUGCUGCAAUCCGCUGCUCUCGACGCCGCGGCCUAUCCCGACGCGACACGUGGCAUCAUGGAGGGCCUGUGGGAAGCUGCCAGGAAAGGGAGGGAGGGGGAGCUGAUAGAAGGAGGAGGGGGAGGAGGGGGAGAAGGGAAGAGGGAAUGGAGGCAGACUCGUGCUGCUGCGUUUACUGCACUUGCUGCGUUCACGCUGGAUGACGUCACAGCCACAUGGCCCAGCACCCACCUCGCGCUAUCCUUCCUCUCAGAGCUCUGCCCUGCUGCGCGCCAACCCAUGCUGCCCCUGCUCUCCCAACAGGUGGAUGACGUCACAGCCACAUGGCCCUACCCCAGCACCCACCUGGUUCGAGCCUUCCUCUCAGAGCGCUCUCGUUUUGUUCGCCAAUCCAUGCUGCCCCUGCUCUCCCAACAGGUGGAUGACGUCACAGCCACAUGGCCCUACCCCAGCACCCACCUGGUUCGAGCCUUCCUCUCAGAGCGCUCUCGUUUUGUUCGCCAAUCCAUGCUGCCCCUGCUCUCCCAACAGGUGGAUGACGUCACAGCCACAUGGCCCUACCCCAGCACCCACCUGGUUCGAGCCUUCCUCUCAGAGCGCUCUCGUUUUGUUCGCCAAUCCAUGCUGCCCCUGCUCUCCCAACAGGUGGAUGACGUCACAGCCACAUGGCCCUACCCCAGCACCCACCUGGUUCGAGCCUUCCUCUCAGAGCGCUCUCGUUUUGUUCGCCAAUCCAUGCUGCCCCUGCUCUCCCAACAGGUGGAUGACGUCACAGCCACAUGGCCCUACCCCAGCACCCACCUGGUUCGAGCCUUCCUCUCAGAGCGCUCUCGUUUUGUUCGCCAAUCCAUGCUGCCCCUGCUCUCCCAACAGGUGGAUGACGUCACAGCCACAUGGCCCUACCCCAGCACCCACCUGGUUCGAGCCUUCCUCUCAGAGCGCUCUCGUUUUGUUCGCCAAUCCAUGCUGCCCCUGCUCUCCCAACAGGUGGAUGACGUCACAGCCACAUGGCCCUACCCCAGCACCCACCUGGUUCAAGCCUUUCUCUCAGAGCCCUCUGCUGCAGUACGCCAAGCCAUGCUCCCCCUGCUUACCAAACUGGCUGACUAUCAACACAGGACCCGACCCCGGGGUCGGAGGGCUGUGGUGCUGGGAGGAGGAGAGGGGGCAGAGGGUGACGUGGCGUCUGCUGCCACGUCAGCCGGUGCGCCUGGUGCCGCCACGUGGCGGUCGAACAAGCUCCUGGCGGCGCUGCCCCGGCUGUUGUGUCCAGAGAGCUUCGGCGGCCGCAAGGGAAAAGACGGACUUGAUGUACCUGCUGCCGCCUUGCUGCUGGUGCCGCCACCACCGCCAGAGCCGCUGUCAGGCGCAUCUGCUGGCAGUGCCAGGCAGGCGCGGGUAGACCUGGAGAAGGUGGGGACUGGGGCUCUCAAGGAAAGGGAUGCGCACUUCCACCGCAUCUUCCUGGAAGCUUCUCAGUCUCUCAGCCGCCCGGCCUUCUUCCCGCUGGUGCUCUCCUCUCUCGCCGCCUGGACCCACUUCAUGCGCCAAUGGUAUCGCGCCAGGUGUCGCCUCCUGCACGCCACAGCCUCCGCCUCCCCUGCUGGUGGUGCUGCUACAGCUGCUGCAGCAGUGGGAGGGGGAGCAGCAGGGGGAGGGGGAGCAGGGGGACCUGUUCCCCCAGGCGACGUGCCGGCAGCAGCAGCAAGGGGGCUAUGGUCAACAGUAACCCAAGGGUUUGACAGCGGUAUUCCAGUGCAGGCAGAGAACAGUGCUCUCGCCCUCGCCGCUCUCUGCCAAGCCUUGCCGCCCGCCCUCCACCCCCUUGUCGCCUCUGCAGCUGAUCUGCUCCGAUUGCCAUUCUGCUCACCAAGGAUUGCCAUUCUGCUCACCAGGGAUUGCCAUUCUGCUCACCAGGGUAAAGGUCUUACCCUGGUGAGCAGAAUGAUUUUUCUCUGGCACCCCUCUUACCACUUUCUCUCGUCCCCUAGCCACUUGCUCCCACCUUCCUGCUACUUCCUCACACCCUUCUGCCAUUUCCUCUAUCAUUCCUCCAGCCACUGCCACCUGCAUUGGUGCCACUGUGUCCCGCGCCCCAGCCACUGCCACUCGCCCUGCUUCCACUACAUCCCAUGCUCCAGCCAUUGCCGCUCGCCCUGCUGCCACUGCAUCCCACGCUCCAGCCACUGCCGCUCGUUCUGCUGCCAUUGCAUUCCACGCUCCAGCCACUGCCGCUCGCCUUCUGCUGCCAUUGCAUUCCACGCUCCAGCCACUGCCGCUCGCCCUGCUGCCAGUGCCACAGUGGCUGGGGCGUGGGGUGCAGUGGCAGCAGGGCGAGCGGCAGUGGUUGGAGCGUGGGGUGCAGUGGCAGCAGGGCGAGCGGCAGUGACUGGAGCGUGGGAUGCAGUGGCAGAAGGGCGAGCGGUAGUGGCUGGAGCGUGGGGUGCAGUGGCAGCAGGGCGAGCGGCAGUGGCUGGAGCGUGGGGUGCAGUGGCAGCAGGGCGAGCGGCAGUGGCUGGAGCGUGGGAUGCAGUGGCAGCAGGGCGAGCGGUAGUGGCUGGAGCGUGGGAUGCAGUGGCACCAGUGCAGGUGGUAGUGGCAGGAGGAAUGGCAGAGGAAAUGGCAGAAGGGUGUGAGGAAGUAACAGGAAGGGAGCUGGCGCAGGUUCUGAAGAAGCUUCCUGGGGAGAUGGGGCGGGCGGUCACUGUAGCAUUGGCAGAGGCAGAGGGGGGAAAGGGGGAGGUUGGAAGGGGGGAGAGCGAGGGAGAAAUGGGAUUGGAUGUGGGAGGAGAUGAAGGGGAGGAGUGGGGUUUGGGGGGAGCGUUAUUAGGCCUUGCUGUUCUCACCACUUCUUUCACCUCUUCCCCCUCCUCCUCCUCCUCUUCCUCUCCUUCCUCCUCUUCCUCUCCUUCCGCCCCUUCCUCCCCCCACCUCGCCCUCCUUUACUCCUUCGCUUCCCUUCUCUUCCAAUGGACCCAAGCCUUUGCCCACUCGCUGACAUCAAACCAGAAUGUAUGUUCCCCAGGCAAACCUUCCUCAGUUGUACCUCCCCCGCUAGUGGACGGAUGGGGCGACCCCAUCGCCCCACCCACCCCGCCAUCUUCUCUGGACUCUCCCUCGGCCAAUCAUGUGCCGCCACCUGUCCUCGCAGCAGCAGCUGCGCUGGCACUGCCCUUGAUAGCAGAGUGUGGGGUGAGGGGGGGGAGAGAGGCCGGGGGAGGGGGAGGGGGAGGGAGAGGAGGAGGGGGAAUGCUAGAGAGAGAGGGAAUGGGGGGUAUACCAGUGGAGGAGGGAGGUGGGGAAGGGUCCUUCUCCAAGCCUUUCAAGUGGUCACAGGAUGAACGGAUUGAGGAGAAACAGAUGACUUUUGAGGCGCCUCAAAGAGACCCUUAUGGCGCUUAUGCCGAAGCAGACUGUACGGGAGCAGCCAACACCGCACCAGCAGCAGCAGCAGCAGGCACCGGGGCAGCAUCUCGCGGCCCUCCCCCGGUGUUCCUCUCUGCAGUGUCACUCUCUCUAGCUGCCAUGGUGCAUGCCUCCCUGUGCUCUGACGUUGCCUUGCCUCUUGGAGCUAUCACUGACGUCCUCUCUCCCCUGCUGGCUGCUGUCAAAGGGGAGAAGGGAACCGGCUCUGCUGCUUCUCCUGCCACUGCUUCUGCUGGUUUUAAAGCUGCUUCUGCUGCUGAACCUGCUGCUUCUGCCGCUGCUGGUUUUGUUACUGAUUCUGCACCAUCAGCGGGACUGCUACCCAGCAGUGUGAGGGGAGCAGCAGGCAUGGCAGUGGCAGCACUGCUAGGGGCGCCUCUGCUUCUCACCCCCCUCCCAGCCCACCGUACACAGCAGCACCCUCCUUCUGCCUCUGCUAUCUCUGCUUCCGCUCCUGCUCCUGUUGCUCCUGCCGCUGCCGCUGCCGCUGGUGCUGGUGCUACAACUAAUCCUGCUGCUGCCGGCGCUGCUACCACUGUCACAACCAGUGGCGCCAGCUCAGCAGCAGCCAAUCAGAUCCUGGUGAUUGGCCCACUGCUCUUCUCCCCGAGCGACGCGGUCCAAUCAUCCGUCAGGGACGCUCUGCAGUCAUUGGUCGAGGCGUACCGGCGCGACUGCCACGUCAGCGUCAAGCGCCAGGCUGGCUGGGCGCUGGCGCUCUGUGUGGAAGCUUCCCGGAAACUCUCAGGCGAAGGGGACGAGGAGGAGGAUGAGGAUGAGGAGGAGGAGGGUGGGGGGUGGGGAGGAGUAGCAGGAGGAAGAGGGGGAGGAGGGAGAGGAGGAGGGGGUGCGGGGAGGAGGGGAGGGGGAGAGGAGAAGCAGUGGUUGCUGAAUCAAUUCCCUGCUGAUAAUGUGCUGCGGCUGCUGUCAUCUUGGCUGCUAGAGAGGAGUCUGCACGUGGGGGCAGGAGCGGGCAGCCUGUGGUGUGGUGCGGCUGCUGUCACCUUGGCUGCUAUAGACAAGUCUGCACGUGGGGGCAGGAGCGGGCAGCCUGUGGGUGAGUGUGUGAGGGCUGACACUGCCAGCGUGCCAGCUGUCACGUCCUCAUUGGCCCUCCUCGCCCACGCCCCUCGAAUCCCCUCCCUGGACUGGCCCUCCAUCCUUCACCGCUUCAUCCGCCGGGUCUCUGUGACCCCCCCCGCCUCCCAUGCUGCUCUGCUGCUGUUCCCUCCCUCCACUGCUGCUUCAGCAGCGGCAGCAGGGCCACUGGGAGGAGGGUCUGUAGAGGCAUCAGUAGCAGGAGGGAUUUCAGCAGCAGCAGGAGCAGCAGCAGAUGCAGACAAACUACGCUGUGCGUGCCUCCACUUCGCCGCCCACCGCGGGAUCGUCCCCUUCCUCGAUGACCUCACCGCUGACGUCAGCAGGCUCGUCCAGCUGGCGCCGGCGGUGCAGCGAGCGCUGCUGUCGCGACACCUGGCGGCCGUGGUGGGGCUUACCCACCUCCCCCGCCUCCCAUUCUCCCCAGCAGCAGUCCGCGCAGUCGCCAUGCGGCUCCACCUCCUGCGAAUCAACCCGCGACACCUGUCCCUUGCUGACGUGGCGCUGUGCCGCGUGUUUCUCUGCGAGCACCCGCUGCCAGCAACCUACACGUGGCUACUGGUGGAGCUAGCGAGUGCCGUGGCAGCAGCACCAGAGGAGCAUCGCCUGCCCUUCCUCCUCGACACACUCGACUCCAUCCAAGUCGCUCGCCACCCCUGGACGGCUCUGCAGCUCUUGUCUCUCAUGCUCGCACGCCUCUCCCCCGACCGCCUUCUCCUCCCCACCAGCCAUUUCUCUGCUUCUGUGUCAUUACUGUUCCCAUCUUCCCGCCCCUUUCCCCCCUCCCCCAUCGCCCUCCCUAAGCAGGCUCUGCAGCUCUUUUCUCUCAUGCUCGCGCGCCUCUCCCCCGACCGCCUGCUCCUCCCCACCAGCCAUCCCUCUGCCUCCAUGUCGUCACCUUCCCCUCAUCUCUGUCCCCUCCUGUCCCACCCUCCCCCUUCGCCCCUCCCUCCCAAGCAGGCUCUUCAGCUCUUUGCACUCAUGCUCGCCCGCCUCUCCCCCGACCGUCUGCUCCUCCCCACCAGCCCCACGGCAGCAGUCUUCCUCCUGCCGCACACCCUCCCUCCUCUCCUCUCCCAGCGUGGCCUAGCCGGCACUGUGGGAGCCAUAGUUUCUCGCUUCCAGUCGCUGCUGUCGUGGCUGUCAGAUGAGAAGGAGUGCCUGUUCUGGGAAGAUGGGGUUGAUCCGAGCCAUGGUAGUAGUAGCAAUCAGCGGGUGCAGGUGCUGAGGGGAGUGGUGGUGGAUGUGUUGAGGUCUCUGCGCCACCAUCUGCCCUCCCAUGCCUCGCUGCUGUCGUGGCUGUCAGAUGAGAAGGAGUGCCUGUUCUGGGAAGAUGAAACUGGUCCAAAACGUGGUGGCAGCAGCAGUGGCGGUACCAGUGGCGGAAGCAAUGAGCGGGUGCGGGUGCUGAGGGGAGUGGUGGUGGAUGUGUUGAGGGCUCUGCGCCACCAUUUGCCCUCACAUGCUGUUUCCAGUAUCUUUGCUGCUGUCAGAGGUGGCAAUAGCAGCAGCAGCAGCAGCAGCAGCAGCAGCAAUGAGAGGGUGCGGUUGUUGAGGGGAGUGGUGGUGGACGUGUUGAGGGCUCUUCGCCACCAUCUGCCCUCACAUGCCAUCUCCAGCAUCUGUCUCGCCAACGUGACAACGUCUUGUCGCAAGGAACUUGAGGCUCCGUAG